AUGAGACUUUUCAUACUCCUACAGGCUGCCCUGCCAGCAGUCCUCGCUCUCUGCCAGAACCACCCCUGCGGUUCAGGCUGCAUCCCUGCAGACAAGAUCUGCUGCUCGCCCGUCGACCCCUACACAACCCCUUUCGCCUGCCCUCUCGACUAUACAUGCGGUCCCGGCCUCGAGUGUCGGCCGCCGUCACCCGCUGCCGGACCCGUUGAGACCGGGGUCCCCCUCUGCGGUCCGCCCUUCGUCGCUUGCGGCGCCACCUGCACAGCCCCCGAUUCUGUCUGCUGCGAGGAUGGCGCAUGGAGCUGUGCCGCCGGCCUCGAAUGCGCGCCUGCGCCGCUGCAGUGCGUCGCGCCGCUUGCCCAGCCGUCGCCGCCAUCAUCGUCGAGAAGUCUUACCAGUCAAGAGGGGCUUGUACAGCCUACCACUGUCGCGGAUGUGACGAUGCCAGGAGGAUAUGGAACCGUGGACGCAAGCCAGGCCUCGGAGCCUGUCGCGAGCACCUCGAGUACAAAUGUGGCUUUUACGUCGAUGUUCGACGGAACGAAGACGACCUCGACGGAUGGCCUUGCCUAUCCCGUGCCGACCCCUGAGUCAUCAGCUUCGCCGGGGUAUAGCGUAUAUCACUCGACAGUGACGACUCUGGAUUCGUCCAGCAUUCAUGGGUCGGCUGCGAGCUCCUUGGUCGAAGAUACAUCAGCUUUAUCUUCAGUGUCGCCUUCGCAGUCCGGGUCGGCGGAUGAGGGAACUGGUGGUCGCGUCGAAGUGCCCGUUGGUGCGACGCUGAUGGGUGUUUUGCUCGGUGCUGUCCUUCUCGGUUGA